GUCGUGCGCGCGCACAAAAAAUCUCCCAGUCAAGCGCGCUCUACAGAAGCUUCCAUGGAACCUGCAUUUUUAGCCCUCCAUGUUUUCAUACUCAAAGGUGUAUGAAAAAUAAACGCACGUUGUUGUGUAGGUACUUUGUCGUAAGUUAGUGUCGUUGUUUAAGAUUAUUGUGUUGUGUAAUAGACUAAGAAUUAAAUGAUAAGUGUAGUGAUAGCUGGCUUGUGAAACUUACUCAAGAUUGAUAUUCAAGUACUCAAUACGAAACUGAAUUUGAAUUUUUCAUCGAAACAGAAAGACACGUGAAAAAGUAUGAAUUCCGCCAACGAUUCGAUAUCAACAAUGGGGAAAAAUUUGGUGAAAAGUCAGCAUUAUAAUGUCAUGGUGAAAGUAGACGAAGAUAUUUAUUAUGUGGACAAGUUGCAAUUGGCCUGGAAAUCAGACUACUUCGAAAGACUAUUGAUCGAGUAUUCUGAUCAAGAAGAAUGCAAUUCGAUCGAGUUACCGUAAAUCGAUACAGACACGUUCUCUACCGUGGUUGAUAUAAUAUAUGGACAGCAGACACUGGCAUCUGUGUUAAACACCAAAAAUUAUAUCACUUUGUUGAUAGCUAUGGAUUACUUGCAAAUGGAGAUCGAUCUGAAAACUUACUACAAUUUCAUAAUGAGAAAUUCAGUUCUGGAUGCGAAUAUAUUCCAACUAUACAACUUCGUUCGAGAGAAUCCAAAUUUGCAGUACUUGUUACAGUCGGUUUUGUUCUACAUAUCUGGUCAUAUGACGAGUUUGCGAAGUAACGAAGAAUUUUUAUCCUUGCCACUCGACGUUUUUACUCGGAUAAUUAAAUCACAUUCAACAGACGUCCCAUCGGAUAAGCAAGUGCGUGAUGUUUGUGAAAUUUGCGCAGAAUGGAUUCAUUACGAUUUAGAAAGCAGACUUCCUCAUGCAACGAAGGUUGCAAAUGCUGCUAGACUAAGAUUUGUUCAUUUUAACGAUAUAAAGGAUGUGGAUUUCAACGCGAAAUUGACCGGUGUCGCCGAACAUAUGAAGCGAGAACAGAUUGCGAAAAUAAUUCACCGGUGUUUGAUGUUUGAUGGCGAAGUAAAUCCGGCUGGUCAAGAAUUACCACCGAAAGCUGUAGACAGAAAACAAAACACCUUCAUCGGUCUUGAAGAAAACGGACGAAAGAAGUUGGCAAAACUUCUAGAAAAUAAUUACUUCUACGAUAUCGCUGUCAAAGUCGAAGAAAAAAUCUACAAACUUCACCGAUUCAAAUUAAAUUCAGCUUCGGGCUACUUCGCCGACAUUUUUCUCGCUGAAAGCUUCAACACAGAUACUCAAUGCGCCGAAUCAACCCUCCACACACCGAACAAAAAUAAACAGUAUUCGCUGCGCGAUGUCGAUCAAACGACCUUUGAAAUGAUCAUCGAGUAUAUCUAUUUCGAAGAAGUGCAAUUAACAUGCGAAAAUAUAACUCGUCUAUUGAAAGCUGCCGCUGCCGAUAAUUUGAGAAUUGAAAAAUUAUUCGAUAAAUGUGUAUCGUGGAUGAAUGAGAAUAUCGAAGAAGUUUGUUCCAAAGUGCUGAUAAUUGACGAAUGUAUUUCUAGAUCAUGGAUCAAGGAAAAUAUCAAAGAAAUUUGUUCAGAAGUUUUAAUCAAACCUGAAAUAAUCAACGCGUUCCCGAUCUGCUCGAUUUCUUUCGAUGUGUUGGAGAAAUUACUCUUUUCGUCUUCUGUGUGCUGUGAAAAUCCGUAUAAAAUCGUCGAAAUAUGUUCCAAAUGGGUUAAGCAUGAUGUAAAAAAUCGAUAUCAUCUGAUACCACAAAUCGCCGUUGCUAUUAAUCGCAUUCGCACGAUGGAGUUCGAUGAUCAUAAAAUGGAAGCACCUGCCGAUUUAAACAACCUCUCAGAGCAAUUGAUCCGAGAUAAAUUAUGGAAUACCUUAAGUUCGAUUUCGCUGCAGGUUGCUCCUGCUACAAUCAAUCAGUCGAAGAGUCGAGUUAAGAAGGAUUCUUCCGAAAUACCUGUGUUUACAGCGUACACCGGUGACAGGUCCGUUCGUAUUCUAAAUGCUGAUUUCAAUCAAAUCGCAUCGUUUAAUUUCCUCCCAAAUACGUCCAGCGGAAACGAUGCUAUAAAUAUGGACUUCAAAGUAUCCGCGACCUUAAUCGGAGACAAUUUAUUCGUUAUGUUGACUGCGAUUGUUUAUCUUGAUAGGUUUUACGUGUACAAUUUAACUUCGAGAAAAUUAUGCUCUUUGAAUUGCUGCCUAAAUAAGCAGAUCGAUCGUGAUUGCAAGUACUCGCUGUUGAAUUGUCGCGACCAAGUUUACUGUUGUUUUGACGAUGGUCAAAUAUUGAAGUAUGUGGUCGAAUUGAACCGCUGGAUGGUAUUUUCAAAGCCGUUGCUAUUCCGAACUAUUUAUGGAGGUAGGCAUAAUAGCGUACUAUUCGCCAGCAGUGGGAAUGAAUUGUAUAGAACGUAUUACAGUGGGCAGACACAUGUUUACAUUGCGGAAGUAUUCAAUUUUCAACGAAACGUUUGGCUGUCUUUGACAGACUCGCGAUUUACACCGCCCCAAGCAACUUAUAGUUCUCCGAUCGAUCUAAUCAGCAUUAAUGCAGGUGAUACGCUCGCUGUGAUAUACCCUUCAUUCUUCUGGGUAUUUGACCUAAAGCCAAGAUCAUGGCGGCGUCAGAUCUCCUUAGCAGGCGAAACUAUGUCUACGUCAAAUCUGAAGCCAGCUUUUGCCUUAGUUCACUGUGGAGACGAACUUUUGCAUGUGUUCUGCAACAAAUUGUAUCGUUGGUGUGGUACAAAUCAAAGCUGGGUGUUGAAAAAGGAUUUACUUUCGAGAUCUGCAAACGUAACCGGUAAUGUUUUGGAAGCGCCUCGCUUUUAUACUAUUGCUGCCAUUCAUAGGUGUUGAAUCUAGAGCGUGUACCUAACUUUGUGAUUGACUAAUUUAAACUUUUUUUGAAAAAUUAUUAUUAUUGAUUUAAGUACAAUUAAGCAUUCUGUAUUCUACUUGAUAGUUGAUGUAAUAUUCGUUCGUGUGAUUUUUAAAAAUGCUCAAGUGAUGUUUAAAUUUACUAAUACAUACAUAUUUUUAGCAAGAA